AUGGGCAAAGGCGCGCGAUCGAAGCGCAGCACGCGCCCGUACGCGAAGAGGCAGCACGUGCUGGAGAGCAAGGCGCAGGAGGUGGAUCCGGCGUUGCUGGAGCGUUACCGCAACACACAGCAGCCGAUUCGUAAGUCGCAGCUCUUCACUGAGAUCUUGAAGCAGAAGAAGGACACGAAGCGAGCGCGUCGUGAGUCUCGCGAAAACGAACGCCGCCACCUCAAGGAGAAGGCACCUGUCAAGGCGACACCCAAAACGAAGGAGCGCAAGCGCAGAGUCGAUGUCACCAUCAUUGAGAACAAGGAAGACGCUGAGAUCAUCAACGACGAGGCCGACGACGAGUUCGCUGCAUUCUUUCGAGACCGCAAGAACCCCAAGACGCUGAUCACCACCGGCGAGCACCCGUGCUUCCGCACCAAGCAGCUCGUGAAGGAGCUCCUGUGGCUGGUGCCCAACAGCAUCUACCGCCCGCGCAAGUCGUACACACUGAAGGAGAUUACUCUGUUCUGCUGCAAUCGCGAGUUCACGGACCUUCUUGUCGUGACGGAUCGCAUUAAGGAGCCGUACAACUUGAUCGUCUCGCACCUCCCCGAGGGGCCGACGGCCACCUUUCGCGUUUCCAACUUUUUAAGCCACGCCCAGCUGGAGGACCCUGCGCCGCGGACGGAGCACUACCCGGAGCUCAUCUUCAAGAACUUUGACACGCGACUCGGGCGCCGCAUCUCCCGCAUGCUGGAGUGCCUCUUUCCCGCCACCCGAGACUACGCUGGCCGCGCCGUCGCGACGUUUCACAAUCAGCGCGACUACAUAUUUCUCCGCACUCACCGCUACAUCUUCGACGGCCUUGAGGCGGUGCGUCUGCAGGAGAUGGGUCCGCGCUUCACGCUGCGUCUCCUAUCGCUGCAGUCGGGCACGUUCGACCGGCAGUUUGGCGAGUACGAGUGGUACCGCAAGAAGGAGCACGACGCUGACACCCUCGAGUGGUACAUGUAG